AUGUACAGCCAACAACCUAUUUUAGUGCUCAGCCAAAACACAAAACGUGACUCCGGCCGGAAGGUUCAACUUGAAAAUAUAAAUGCUGGAAAGGCAAUAGCCGAUGUUAUUCGAACAUGCCUCGGCCCUCAGGCUAUGUUAAAAAUGUUGAUGGAUCCUAUGGGGGGCAUUGUAAUGACGAAUGAUGGCAACGCUAUCCUCCGUGAGAUCACUGUACAGCAUCCUGCCGCUAAAUCUAUGAUUGAAAUCGCCAGAACCCAAGAUGAAGAGGUCGGUGAUGGCACAACAUCAGUAAUUGUCCUGGCUGGUGAGAUGUUGGCAGUGGCUGAACAAUUCCUUGCGCAGAACAUUCACCCGACAGUAAUAAUCAGAGAGUACCGUCAGGCAUUAGAGGAUGCUGUCAAACUGCUGCAGGACAAAAUAUCUGUCCCUAUUGAUUUGAAUGACAAAGAGAAGUUAAAGGAUGUUAUUCGUUCCUGUGUCGGAACAAAAUACAUUGGUCGCUGGGCCGACCUUGCUGUAGACAUUGCUCUGGAUGCAGUCAGUACUGUCACAAUCAAUGAAAAUGGCAGAGUUGAAGUUGAUAUCAAAAAUUAUGCAAAAGUAGAGAAGAUACCUGGUGGUACAAUUGAGGAGUCGAAGGUCCUAAGUGGCGUGAUGUUCAACAAGGACGUAACUCACGCUAAGAUGAGGCGUUAUAUCGAGAAUCCUCGGAUCAUCCUGCUGGACUGCCCCCUUGAAUAUAAGAAAGGAGAGAGUCAGACCAACAUUGAAAUCUUGGGAGAACAGGAUUUUACAAGACUUUUACAACUGGAAGAAGAGCAUGUCCAGCGUCAGUGUGAUGAGAUCAUCGCGCUGAAACCAGACAUAGUGUUUACAGAGAAGGGAGUCUCCGAUCUAGCUCAACACUACCUAGUUAAAGCUGGCAUCACUGCUAUUCGCAGGCUCCGUAAAACUGACAACAACCGUCUGGCGCGCGCUUGUGGCGCCACCAUCGUGAACCGCACGGAGGAGCUGCGCGAGUCCGACGUGGGGACCGGCGCCGGCAAGUUCGAGGUCAAGAAGAUUGGCGACGAGUACUUCACCUUCGUCACCGAGUGCAAGAACCCUAAGGCGUGUACAAUUCUAUUACGUGGGGCUUCAAAGGACAUUCUAAAUGAAAUUGAGAGAAAUCUCCAAGACGCUCUUCACGUUGCUAAAAAUUUGGUGCUGAACCCGCGGCUGGUGGCGGGCGGCGGCGCCGUGGAGAUGGGCGUGUCGCACGCGCUCGCCGCCAACGCCGCGCACAACACGCCCUACCGCGCCGUCGCACACGCGCUCGAGAUAAUCCCGCGCACGCUGGCUCAGAACUGCGGCGCCAACACGAUCCGCACGCUCACGGCUCUGCGCGCGCGCCACGCGGCCGGCGCCAGCUCGGCCGGCAUCGACGGCGACACCGGCGAGAUCGUCGACAUGGCCGCCAAGGGCAUCUGGGAGCCGCUCGCCGUCAAGCUGCAGGUUUACAAAACCGCGGUAGAAACAGCAAUCCUCCUUCUCAGAAUCGACGACAUUGUCUCAGGAUCCAAAAAGAAGGGUGGAAACGAACCCGCGACGCCUUCCCAAAUGGCCAACAUGCAAGAAUAA